UGCACUGCUUACACAUGUCUGCUCUCUGCUACCAACUGUCGGCAAAGAGAGCCUGGCCGGAGCGAGAGACGGCACACACAUCGCGGUCGCGGACGGCGGCAGCGGCGAUGGGAAGCCCGCUGGGCGGCUGGCCGAGCCACAACCCGCACAACUUCAGCCAGCUCGUCCCGGCCGACCCCUCCGCCCAGCCCACGAAUGUCACACCAACAACUUACAUUGCAGCACAUAGGACAGAUCCACCUCCAAAUCAAGUGAUCACGACGGAGCCCAGGAACAUCCUGUUGAGGCAUUUCUACCAGAACUCGGAGAACAAGCCGAGGCCGAAGAGGGCCGCCCCGGAGAGUGCCUCCGUGCGCAACGGCAAGCAGGCGAGGAGCCCCGCCGAGGACGGAAGCCAGUCGAGCACGAGAAGCUGAACCAGGGCUGGUGUUCUUGUCUUGCGCCGCCGCCGUGGCAUCUCUGAAUCUCUGAAUCUCCUCAUAUGUUUGAUUUUGAGAAAGGUGUUUGCACGCAUGCACGCAUGCACUGCACAUACAUGUUGGCCAGGCCUAGUGCGGGGUGACACCGGCAUGGCACCACUGCAGUCUCUUUCUCCUUUGUGUAGAUAAUAAUAAUGUGGCCGCACCAGCACACCAACAUGUACUACUGUAGUAGCGCUUUUGUAUAAUAUUUGGAUGAUUUCCCUCUUUUGGCGAAUGAAUAAUUGAUGUGAUUAUCGGUCGCUGAA